AAGCGAUCGCCGGUCGGCACGAUGAAGACCCUCUUCGUUUCGUUUGCCCUGUGCGCCUUUGUUGCUGCGGCACCAUCUCGUGAGCGACGAGAAGCUCUCUUGGGCGGCCACGGAUAUUACGGUGGCCACGGAGCUUACGGCGGAGCUCACGGAGGAUAUGGGGGUUACGGUGGUGCUUACGGUGGAGGCUACGGCGCACAUGGAGUAGCUGUUACUGGACCAUUCCUUGGACCGGCGAGUGUCGUGGGCCCGCACGUGGGUGCCACCGCUGUUGCCGCACCAGCGAUAGGUCCGGCUCGUUUGUCCGGAUCGAUGGCUGGUCCUGUUCACGUGUCGGGCGCCGUUGCUGGGCCAGCUGUCGUGACCGCGUCGGUCGCUGGUCCAGCGCACGUGGACCACUAUGGUGGUCCGUAUGACGGUUCUUAUGGAGAUGGUGGCUAUGGAGAUGGCUAUGGAGGUGCCUAUGGCGGUAAUUAUGUCGGAGGCUAUGGAUACGCGGCUGGUCCUGGUUACGGCUACGCAGGAUAUGCCGGCGGCGGCGGCCACGGAGGGCACGGAGUAGUUGUUGCCGGACCGGCUACCCACGGCGCUGUUUUGGCUGGACCUCAUUCCGGAACCGCAGCUGUUUCUGGACCGCAUGCCGGUUCGGUAGUGAUUGCCGGUCCUUCCGGAAAGAUCACGGCCCACGGAAGCGGUUAUGGUGCCGGCAUCCAUGCUGGCCACGGCCACGGCCACUGGUAACGCGCGUACAACCGUCUGCGAAAUAUAAAACAAUAUGUAAUCUCUCUGAAUUGUCGUCGGGCUGAAAGUAGAAUACACCGUUUUCGAACCCCCGCCCCCAUCCUCCGUGGUUUUCUAAGAGAGAUUAAGGAAGUAUCAUAAAGAUAUAAAAUUGCUAUAACACGACGGCGUUCGUUGCGCUCGAUCCUCUCGGUUCACGGUGCGCGCAUGAAUACUUACAUCUCUUUUCUGUACGAAUGGAAUAAAUUCACUCUUCUUUACAGAAGAAGAUAUUCAUGUAAUGUAAAAUAAUGUAACCCUGAGAGUGUUAUUUAUAUACAUAUACAUAUAAUAUAUAUUAAUGUAUUGCCUGGUGUAUCUCAUGAAUUUUAAUCUCUCACAUCUAUCAAAUUCACAUUUAUUGUACAUUAUACGUGACGUAUGGUUUCUGUAUUAUAUAUCCCUAAAUCUAACAGAUUUUAUAAACGCAACUAUUCACAAAUGAUUAAAUCGAAAUGUACGAUUAUUA